ACUGUUCCAAUUGAUAGCUGCAGUUGAUUUUCCAACGCAUUGGCGAAUGGUCUUUCGCCCUUUAACUUCCGUUUAAAGAUUAUCAUCGCUUGUUGUUGUUCAGUAGAGAUUUAUUUUCGAAUGAACUGUGGUGAUUAAGUGGCGCAAUUUAUAUAGCACGAGCAAUUUUACAUUUUUCUUGUACGCAGUACAACGUGCGUAUGAUAAGGUUAGGUUGGUUCUAAAACGAUGAAUAUGAUCUGUACGCGCGCUACUGGAUUGCUUUCCAGAUACCUAUAUCGCGGGGCUCAGCGUUGUUUAAGUAGCGACCAUGCGAUUUGGACACCGACAAAAACACAAAACAAAAUUACAAAUGAGAAUCACAUUGUCUGGCUUGAUAUGGAGAUGACAGGACUAGAGGUGGAAACAUGUCAUAUCAUGGAAGUUGCAUGCUUCACAACUGAUGAACAGUUAGAACUUGCAAGUGAUUACUUAAACAUCAUUAUACAUCAAUCGGAUAACGUUUUAGAGAAUAUGUCUGAUUGGUGUAAAGUACAACACAAAAAGAGCGGGUUAAUCGAUGAAUGUCGAUUGAGUAAGACUACAUUGGAGGAAGCGCAACAAAGGACAUUGAAUUUUUUGGAGAAUCAUGUUCCGAAAGGAAUUUGCCCCUUGGCUGGAAACUCAGUUUAUAUGGAUCGCUUAUUCCUGAAGAAAUAUAUGCCGUUGGUCGACAAUUACUUGCACUACAGGAUUAUCGAUAUUAGUACAAUUAAAGAUUUGGCUAGGAGAUGGCAACCAAGUAUAAGUAAAGCAGCUCCAAAAAAGCAACACUGUCACAGGGCCGAGCACGACAUAAAAGAUAGUCUAAAUGAGCUUCGUUAUUAUAGGAAAAAUUUAUUUGUAUCAUAA